AUGAUGGAAAUACGAACUCCGAAGACCGGCAAAGCCAAGCGUGUACUCGAACAGCGUGCUCCUAAGCAGGUUGAAACUGGGAAGAAAACGUUGAUACUCCAUGGAACGAAGACGAGCGCCACAGUGAGCUCUGUUUUGAUGGAGCUGUACCAAUUGAAGAAAGGAGGUGCCAUUAAGUACUCGAGGAGGAAUGAGAAUAUUAGACCCUUUGAGAGUGGAGGUGAAACCUCUCUAGAGUUCUUCUCUCUCAAAACCGAUUGCAGCAUUUUUGCGUAUGGGUCUCACUCAAAGAAACGGCCUCACAAUCUAUUACUUGGGAGAAUGUACGAUCACCACGUCUACGAUCUUAUAGAAGUUGGGAUUGAGAACUUCAAAUCUCUGCUAUCUUUCUCCUACGACAAGAAACUAGCGCCUCACGAAGGGUCAAAGCCGUUCAUUUGCUUUACCGGUGAAGGGUUUGACCAUGUGCAAGAGCUCAAGCAACUUAAAGAAGUCCUUACUGAUCUGUUUCGUGGCGAGGUUGUGGAUAAUCUAAAUCUUACUGGAUUGGACCGUGCUUACAUAUGUUCAGCGAUAUCACCAACUAAGGUGUUCCUCACUCAUUGCGCUAUUAAGCUUAAGAAGUCAGGGACCAUUGUGCCUAGAAUAGAGCUUGUUGAAGUUGGUCCGUCCAUGGACUUGGUUGUGAGGCGUAAUCGUCUUCCUAACGAUGGCGUAAGGAAAGAAGCAAUGAAAACAUCCAAAGAUAAGCCUAAGAAGAAGCUUAAGAACGUUCAUAAUAGUGCGGUUGGAGGGCAGAGUGGGAAUAUUUAUGUUCCUGAUCAGAAGGUUGGUGAGACUAAAUUGCCGGAUAAGUCCAAGGGUUUGAAGAGAGAAAGGAGAGAAAGGAAGCUGAAGAAGGAGGAAGAAGGUUCUGCUUCCAAAAAGCUGAAAGAGUCUGAGUGA